UCUCCAGCUGGGCAGCCACACGCUGCGGUCCUGAGUCUCCGGGAGUGUCUCCCAGGCCAGUGGCUGGAGAGGACGGUCCAGUGGUGUCACUGUGUCAGGGGAAGAGGAGGAGGAGGAAGGGGUGGCGGCAAGGUCGCCCCAGCCAGCUCCCAGCGGAGGCUUUAUUAGCCGCGCCCGGCACCGGCGGGCGAGCCCCACCGCGCGCCCCGCAGCCCUCCACGCCAGCUCCGCGGUCCAUGCCCGCUGGGGCCGCGCACGCCCCGGGUGCUGCAGUGCAGACGCCGGGGGCCCAGCCAGCCGCCAGGCGAGCGAGAGGCGGCGGCCCCCCAUGCGGCGCACGUGGGGCCUGGCGGUAGCCAGGCGGGCGUGAGCCGGCACCAUGGGGCAGGUGGGCUGGAAGGCGCUCUGCCUGUCGCUGUUUGACUACAAGACAGAGAAGUAUGUCGUCGCCAAGAACAAGAAGGUGGGCCUACUCUACAGGCUGCUGCAGCUCUUCAUCCUGGCGUACCUGGUCAUAUGGGUGUUUGUGAUAAAGAAGGGUUACCAAGAUGUGGACACCUCCCUGCAGAGUGCUGUUGUCACCAAAGUCAAGGGCGUGGCCUUUACUAACAGCUCGGAGCUCGGGGAGCGGCUCUGGGAUGUUGCCGACUACGUCAUACCAUCUCAGGGAGAGAAUGUCUUCUUCGUGAUCACCAACCUGAUCGUGACCCCCAACCAGCGGCAGAAGACCUGUGCUGAGAGGGAAGACAUUCCUGAUGGCAUGUGCUCUAACGACAGUGACUGCCAUCCUGGGGAGGCUGUUAUAGCUGGACAUGGAGUGAAGACUGGCCGCUGCCUGCGGGCGGGGAACUUGACCAGGGGCACCUGUGAGAUCUUUGCCUGGUGCCCACUGGAGACAGACUCCAGGCCAGUGGAGCCAUUCCUGAAGGAGGCUGAAGACUUCACCAUUUUCAUAAAGAACUUCAUUCGGUUCCCCAAAUUCAACUUCUCCAAGAACAAUGUGAUGGACAUCAAGAACAGAUCUUUCCUGAAAUCCUGUCGCUUUGGCCCCAAGGACCGCUAUUGUCCCAUCUUCCAACUGGGGUCCGUGAUCCGCUGGGCGGGGAGCACCUUCCACGAUAUGGCCCUGGAGGGUGGUGUGAUAGGAAUUCAUAUUGAAUGGAACUGUGAUCUUGAUAAAGCUGCCUCUGAAUGCAACCCUCACUAUUCUUUUAGCCGUCUGGACAACAAACUCGCAAAGUCUGUCUCCUCUGGGUACAACUUCAGGUUUGCCAGAUACUACCGAGAUGAGGCUGGGGUGGAAUUCCGCACCCUGAUGAAAGCCUAUGGGAUCCGCUUUGAUGUGAUGGUUAAUGGCAAGGCAGGGAAGUUCAACAUCAUCCCCACCAUCAUCAACGUGGGCUCUGGGCUGGCACUCAUGGGUGUUGGGGCUUUCUUCUGUGACCUGGUACUCAUCUACUUAAUCAAAAAGAGUGGGUUUUACCGUGACAAGAAGUACGAGGAAGUGAGGGGCCAUGAGGACGACAUCCCAGAGCUGGGGUUGUCAGAACGUUCUGAGUCGGGGCCAGGACUUCCAGACCAGCAGGAUGAGCCUGAGACACAGCACAGGAACAGCAGCCUGAAAGGGAACCACUAUAUGUGCCCACAGCUCCUUGAGCCCAGCAGGUCUGGCCGCCUGGGGAAUACAAAGGUGAAUGAGGAGCAGCCGCAGACCCUGCAGCCCAAGGAGACGUAACCAGAGCCCUUGGCUGCAGCCAGAUUUGGUGAAGAUGUUGCAGCCUGUACUGCCCACAGCUCUGGACUAGGAAACAGCAUCUUCAUGCCUGUGGGAGACAGGGGCUUCCAGGCACAGCUGUCUCUCCUGCUCUAUGGGAUCUUGCUAUAGGCUUUUUGUCACAUAAGGAGGGAGAGCUGCCCAAGGGCCAGAGUGGCUCAGAUCUGGAAGAGAAGGUCCUGGAGCAGGCGCCCAGGGAAGGGGGUAGGCUGGGGGCCUGAGUACAAGUAGAGUGCUUUGAUCUUCUCUGGGAACCUGGUUGGACAUUUAUUCAUUCACACAUGUGGUAAACAUUUAUCUGUGCAUGCUCUGUGCCAGGCCCUAUCCAAGAGAUGCUGAAAUGAGACGCUGACCAGCCCUCAGGAAGGGGGGCACAUAUGUCACUUCUCCAAAGCCAACAGAGACAUCACAGCCAGGCCCAGCCACGCUUGCCUGCCUCUAGCUGAACUCCACAAAUCCCCAUGGUAAUGAUGGCUGCUUGGAGAAAGUCCUCAGACAAUACCCAAGGAGACAUUUGGCUCUGCUCCCAGGAAUAAAAUUUAAAGGAGGCCAAGGACACAACCAGGACAGGACUGGGCUGGCUAGGAGGCAGCUGGCUCUUAAGGGGAGAGGCCAACUACAAGGCCUUCUAGGUAAGAUGGGGAAGGGGAGGCAGGGCAGCCUCUGCUCGGUCUCCAUUCUGACUUCCCAUAUUGGGAAGCUCUGGGAAUAUCCACUCACCUAUCUGGGCACUGCAUCGGGCUGUGUAGUUUGUCCCUUGCUGUUGUGUGGCUGGAUGUCCCUGCUGGGCUCCCUUCCUUUCAGGGGCCUGGUCUGAAGUGCUAAAGAAAUAACAGAUGGUGCUCACUCAGUGGAUGUAAACAGUUGUUAGCUCCCCCCACCCUGUGCCUACCUCCCCACUCCAUGCCUGUGCAGAACCUGGACUUGCUCCCUCCCUUGGUGGCUACAGAGCCUUGCUAUUCAAAGUGAGGUCCAAGGACCAGCAGCCUCAGCAUCACCUGGGAGCCUGUCGGAAAUGCAGUCUCAGGUCUCUCCCUCAUCCUACUAAAUCAGAACCUGCAUUUCAACAAGGUUCCGAGGUCCGUGACGUUUGAGAAACCCUGAGGGAAAAAAGGCCAGCUUUGAUGGAUGGAGCCAAUUUCUAGGUCAGUUUACCCACCCUACCUUGAGAUCAAGAGGAUUUCUCUCCCACUCUGAAAGCGCCAUUAAUUUAUUUAAAUUAAAAUAUUUUGAGGGUAGUGCCUGUGGCUCAAAGGAAUAGGGCGCCGGCCUCAUAUGCCAGAGGUGGUAGGUUCAAACCCAGCUCUGGCCAAAAACUGCAAAAAAAAAAAAAAAAUAAAUAAAUAAAUAAAAUAUUUUGACUAGGUAAUACUUACACUUGUAUGA